AGUUCGAGCAAUAGCUAAGUGGUGAAUUUGAAAUUCAAAUAUUAAAUCGAUAUUGGAAAAUAUCGUUCGCUUUGUACAACUAAAUUCGAAGUAAUGUCGCGAUUAAAUUAAAGCUUAGUUUUUAUUCUAAUGUGCUUGGUAUUUUUAGUUGAUCUUUUUUUGAGUUCGGUCAGGUUUUGUGGUGAAAUACUCGUCCACACCGUGCAUUAGUGUGUGACUUGAGACAGGCCAAGCCCUUCAACGAGGGCAGCCAGUGUGGGUCAGUUCGUGCCGGUGAAGCAGUAGUGGCCAAAAUCCAAGCCCGUGAGGCCAAGCAGACGCCAGUGGACGUUACGUUGAAUCGACCACGUGUUUUGUCACCGUACUCCUGGGACCUAGGACCCGGAUUUGCUAAACUGCCCAACCGUAACACAAGCGAGUGCUGGACCAUUUCCGUUCAAGAGUCCCUGCCACCGAACUUCAAGCAUACUUCAAGGCCCGUUGGUCAUCGGUGCGGAUCAUUUCGAACUGCUCGACUGUUAGUCGAGACACGUCGGCACGGAUAACAGGUAACCGAAUCCUCGUCCAUCCAGAUCCGAAUCGGGUACCCGUUUAAGCUAGUUGUGCGAUAGGAGCUACGUAAAACGGCUCGAUACUCCACCAUUCCGGGGACAUAUCUACCCUGAAGAUAAUCGCACGCGCGGGUCGGAUUCGGACUUCGACGUGAACUGCUUUGAAGAGAAUCGUUUGGUGAGUAGAUCCUUUUGUGACGACCCCAGAGGACGACGUGGGACCUCGGCCCGGCGUAUCAAGGUCAGAUAUUUCUCCUUUUUUGUGCACGAAGAACUUUUCUCUAGAGAAAACUUAGCUUACCUAAAAUUAUAAGCAUAAAAUUAGUUUUGACGUGACGUCACAAGUCAAUUUAAAAGGCGCCAGAAAACUCAUUAACAGAAUCUUGUGAAACUCAAGAAAAGGUUGAUGUAAUUUGAUUUGGAUUGCGUGAAUAAAUGAGUUUUGAAAAUUACUUCUAAUUUAGUGGAAUUCCACCUUUUUCUUCGCGCGCUAUAGCUUGUGACGUUGAACGCAUUGGUUGUAUUUUAGCCGAGACACAUGCUCUCCUCGACUGUGUGGGAGGCGUAUUGAGUUGGUAAGUUUGGGACGUGAUUGAGUUGGCUUAGUUGGUUCGUUCAAAUUAGUAACUUUGUCAUCUGGAAUAACUAUAACCUGCCUUGAGUAGAGGAAUCUCAUGCCGGGAUUAGAUCACAGUCUUCGGCCCUUCUAACUUUAGAAGGUGGCGCUUAAGUCGCAGACUGCUGUAACAGAUAGGAACGUUACAUAAUGGCGCCCAACGUGGGGCCCGUCAAUAGUUUUCAAAUUAGUUGGCAUUCGAUCUUUGAAUUAGAAAUUGUUUUGAAUUGCCUAUUUUGAACUCAAUAUUAUUCUAUAUUCGAUUUGAAUUGUUAAUUUGUCAAUAAGUUUUCGCGGUUAAGAUACUUAGUUUGUAAUUCGGUUUAUUAGUUCGGUAGUUCGGUUUAUUAUUUCGUUUAUUCGGUUUUUCGUAAGUGAAUUGAUUCGUUAGAUUAGUAUCGGUAAUUAUUCGGUUUCGGUUAGUGAUAGUGCUGUUUUUUCUCUUUAUUUUCUUUGGUUUUUAGUUUUGUUUAGUGAAUAAGUGAUUUUUUUCUAAAGUGAAUUGAAUAUUAUUUGGUUUGUUUGACAUGGAUUUGUUCAAAGUAAAUCCUAAUCAUUUAGAUGAGAGUGAAGUGAACUAUGAGCUUGCUGUACGAAACUACUCGAUCGAUAAGUCGGUGGAGAGCCGCAGAAGAGACCUCAGGGUAGUCUUCCGUGAUCCGGAAUCGGAGAAUUACGUCCGGGUGACAGACGAGAUGAUGAGGGACGACAUUCGAGUGGUGCCUACGAAGCUGAAGGAGAUUGCAGAUCUGUUGGAUCAGGGACCCAAUCCAACCUGUUUCUCUCGCUUGGUCCACUACUAUCAACGAGUUCGUCGAUAUACCCCUCGUACAGCCCAACAACAGGAAGAGCUACGUUGUUUGCUGGAGAUGAUUUCGAAGAUUUCCGCAAGAUACUUUACAACCGGGUUGGAUGAAACGGUAGGGUAUGGCCCGAUUGCAGAAUCCACCACUCACGGUAAUCCGUCGGAUGGUCAUCAUGGAACUGCGGAUCAGUCUUCGAGGAGAUCCCACGAAGCUGCUCACGAGACGACCAUGAACGUUCAGCGAAAUCCAGGAUCACCGUGGCUGAUGAGUUGGGAUGAAGCUGAGGGAGACGCCGGUGGUAACCCCGAACAGCCUGGUAGUGAGAUGUCCAAGGUCAUACCAGCCCUAGUCGAAGAUCUUCUGAAUUUUCGCCAUUCGGAACCGCCGAAAGGAACUGUUCCUCGUCAAGUAGAAUUCUUCAAUGCGUUGCAACCGAAUCCGUGGAGCCUUCGAGUGCCCUCACCAUUGCCUCAGGAAAUGCAAAGAGUGGCCGUUUCAGGACUCCAGGAAUUUGAAGCUGGAUCAGCUGUCCCUCCGAGAAAUCAGGAUGAAAUUCGUCGGAUGCCCCUACCGCCUUCAAACGUUCUGAGAACUGGGAAUUCCCAGUCUCCGGUUCAGCAGUCCAACGAGUCAGUUCGGAACACUGACCCACCUCGUAUGCAGAACAGAGAAUACAUUCAUGUGUCGGAAAUUGACACGUACAUCAAGAGGUACAUCGACCAGAUGAUUCACCAAGGUGCUUUCCAUCCACCAGCUUCAAACCAGGCCGUGAAUAACCUCUCUGAGCAGAUGGCCAACGUCAGUCUUCCGCCGAGAGCUAACACGAGUCACGCGGGGUUACCGAGUCGACUGGAUGUAUAUCGAAGUGGUACUCCUACUCAGCGAGCCAUGCCUGAUCCUUCGCCGCCGUUGCAGCUAUCUGGAUACGGUGCAGGAACGCGUUACCCUCCGGCUGCUGAACAUGUUUUGGAGACUGAACGAGAUGCUGCUUUCGGUGAGCCGUCGAUGAACAGAACCCGAGGUUUCACGCCGCGUAAUGAUCAGACUGCGAAUCUUGGAUAUUCUCCGGGGGUUCAACGAAAUUCCUUUCCAGGUCAGGUUGGCGGAUAUUCGAGACGAUUGCCGCAUCAACAGUGCAGCAUCAUCGAGAAAUGGCCGAAAUUCACUGGUGACUCCAAUGCCGUUCCCGUCACUGAUUUCCUACGACAGAUAAACAUACUAUGUAGAUCAUAUGACAUCACGAAGCACGAAUUGCGGAUGCAUGCACAUUUGCUCUUCAAAGAUAGCGCUUAUGUGUGGUUUACCACGUAUGAGGAAAAGUUCACGUCAUGGGAAGUAUUGGAGGCGUACUUAAAGAUGAGGUACGACAAUCCGAACCGAGAUCGUAUUAUUCGAGAGGAGAUGCGGGCUCGUAAACAGCGACCUACGGAAUUGUUCAGUGCGUACCUUACGGAUAUGGAGAUGCUCGCGCAGAGAAUGAUUAAGAAGAUGUCGGAAGUGGAAAAGUUCGAGAUAAUAGUCGAAAAUAUGAAGCUUACUUACAAGCGUAGACUCGCCCUGGAACCCAUUCACUCGAUUGAGCACCUGGCACAGCUUUGUUUUAAAUUUGAUGCUCUUGAGUCCAACUUGUAUACGUGCUCAACUCAACCCCGGCCAACGAUUCACCAAAUCGCUUGCGAGGAAGAAGUAGUCGAAGAUCACUACACCGGUGAAGACUGGGAGGAAGUUUGUGCUUUGAAGCCCAGAAUGGGAAGAGGUUUCGGCAGACCUAAACAAAAUCCAGAAAGUUCGGGUGAAAAAACCAAGCAGGCAAUCUGUUGGAAUUGCCAACGAGUCGGACAUAUGUGGAAAGAUUGUGAUAAGCGAAAGACCAUCUUCUGCCAUAUCUGCGGUUUGACGGACACGACGGCGUACAGAUGUCCUAACAAACACGACUUAGGUCAGAAAGAAGAAUUGCCAAAAAACGAGUAAUCGAGGGCAAUUCU